AUGAUUGGUGAUCCAAGUAGUCUGGGAUUGAAUGGUCUGGUUACAACAGAUGAAAGACAUUGGAUCUAUGGAAAAGGGAAAGGAUUUUUUGUGGCUAAUGCUUAUAAUGCUCUUGAGACAGAUGACCUUCUUUCUUUCCCUGAUAAACAACUUUGGAAUCCUAGAAUUCCAUUGAAAGUGGAUUUUCUGGUUUGGACUUUAUGCUAUGAUGGUGCUCCUACUUUUGAUUAUAUGCAUAGUGCAGGAAUGAUUCAAGAUGAUGACUGUUUGCUCUGUGGUUCUCAUACUGAAACCAAUGCUCAUCUGUUCAUUCACUGUGACACUACAACUUCAGUUCGGGCUUUUUUCUUGCAAAGUUUUGGUAUUACUUGGGCACAUUGUUGUGAUGUCAUAAGGACAAUAUGGGAGUGGCGCAACAAGAAAAGCAAGUGCAGAAUUAAGAGAUUGUGGGGGUAUUUGCCUUUUGCAAUCUGGUGGUGUAUCUGGAAAGAAUGUAAUAAUAGACUGCACAACAAUGUCAUGAAGUCUAUUGAGCAGAUUAUCACUGAGGUCAAGUGUCUUUUGUUCAAUUGGACAAUAAACACUGAUAUCUUUCAGGGUUAUAUUUUGUCAACUCUGUUAUGUAAUUGA